AUGACAUCACUAAGUCUCAGCCGGCGACACUACGGUCACCUACGGCAUGUACAGGCCCCAGUGGGCCCGAACCCGAACCCGAACGCCUCGGCCGAAAGGCGGAGAAGUGGAGUGACACCGGUCCCGCGCCGUUCGGCCCGGGGGUGCAAGUACGAUGUGCAUCGCACCGCUGAUGGCUGCCAUUCUAACCCCCUUUACCACUUCACCGCCGACUCGAAGAAGUACCCUGCGUCGAUCGAGACGGAGGUUUUCACCAGUCACGACACCGAAAUAUGCACUCGGCAUGAGAGGGUGCUUCACAGAGCCCAUCGCUCCGCCCAAGGGUGGCUUUUGGAGAGGCAAGCCUCACUUUCCCCUCUGCCGAAGACCUCCUACAGCAUGAAAUGUUAUGCAGAAGGCCACGUGCGGGGUUUGCUGUUCGAGCCUACAUUCACCCCGGGGCGAUUCGCUCUCGAGGAUAUUAGAGCGCUAUUGCUCCUGCUUUUUCUUCACGUCUGGGGAGAUUGUGAGUUACGUGGCCAUAAAUUCAAUCAACACAGCGCCUACAUCUUUUCUGCCCUUGAGAUUUGCAACUCAAUUGAAAUGGCCGAGAUCCUUGGAAUAGUUGCUAGCGUCGCAGCUCUUAUGCAGCUUGCUCAUUAUGGUGAAAAGUUCGCAAAGGCUUUGCUCAACUUCUCGAAACAGAAUAGUUCUCCGCGGAGAGAAGUUGAUCGAUGUGCCUCCCAAGCACAAGACUUCUCGGAUUGUAUCAAUAUGACUCAUUUCACUCUCGAACGACACUUCGCAAAUUACACCAAGUCUCCUCUUCUUCAAUAUCUUUCAUCCCAAGGGAUACUCAAUCGGAUACUGAAUCGAUCGGAAUUGAUAGAAUGGCGGCUCGAUAAAGCAACCAUACGAGUCCGAUCACUUCUUGGGGGCGGAAACGCCAUUUUCAACUUUUUCAAGUGGUGGUAUCAGAAGGACAGUAUCCUAGAUCUAUUUCCAGAGAUGGAUUCUGUAAAGAUCAGUCUUCAGCUGCUUGCGUCCGCCACUCAACUCGAGGUUCUCGACAUGGAAUGCAAAGAUUCACUCUGUGAUACUGAGAAAUUGAUUUCGAAUGAGAAACACAUGUACGUUCUUACAAACAUGGGGACUUCACCCGGAGUCAUCGACUCACUCUCUCUACGAGAUUAUGUUACCCUUAGGAAGAAGUAUGGUGAAAACUGGGAGUGUCCCGAAGCCCAAGUUCGUCUCAUCAGCGUCGUCAGAGUCAUCUACCAGGACCAAGGAGCAAGCUCCCAAACGGAGGCACGUCAUUAUGAUCACGAGGCCAUGUACAAGUUCGAACGCCGCUUGCAACAUGAGAGACUUUCACGCAAACAGUCAUCGUCGGCGAAGACUACGCCAUCAUCGACAACAGGCCAACCAGCUACUAAACGUCAUGUCGGCCAUGGGAGCGGUGCAAAUUCGAAUAUCCAGGAAAUAAAAUCCGUCCAGGCAUCGCAAAGUCAACGCCAACAGCUUGAACCCCUUCACGAGAGAGUAAUCCUAGUGGACACUGCCAACCUUGAUAGGUCGAUUGUUCACUCUCAUGUAUCGCACAAGGGUAGACUUACUGGCAAAACCUUGACUGGCGUCGUUCAUACUACACUUGAUGUCAGCGUCAUCUCAAUUCUAGAAGCCAAGAGACUUGAUAUAAACGUGUAUUCGUGUGAAGACGACAAGAAAUUUGGGUUCAAAUUUGACCAAGGGAAAAUUCAGACAUGUAUCGGCAUGGUAUAUUUCACCAUUGACCACAACCCUUCCCCUGGUUCUCAAUCGCUAAUCACACGCCAUAAAUUCUACGUUCUGGAGAACUGUCACCCCCGACUUAUAUUUGGAAAAGACAUUUGGGAGAUUGAGGAGACGUCGAAGCAAUAA